ACACUUGCAUCAAACUCAUGACGCGGGCUGCCAGCGACCGACGUCAAAGAGUUCUCACCCCUCGCAGCUCUUUCGAAGCCUCACUCCACACGCGAAGACAUACAUACACAUGUACUUCUACUUCCAUUGCACACAGCAUAUGACUUACACGCGUAGACCAAGGGCCGAUAAUGUUCCCCGUGUACACCUUCACGAGUCGCUGCAAUGACGUUCAAAAGAUGUAGCCUUCAAAUUUAAGAAUGAGCGGGGAGAGGAUGCGUCCACGGGUUGACUUCAGCAGUCGUCGCGCAUUAGCGACAAGCAGCUGGGAUGCGAGUGGUCUAACCUUCGCUUUUGUGCUCGUGCUGGCAUUGCGAGCAGUAAUCGCGAUAGUGGCAGAUGUGACGGUGCCUGUGGCAAGCGGACGCGAGCUUGUUGCGGCCCUUGCGGCCCGGAGCGUUGGCACGAUUGAGGUCACGGCUCUUGAUGUCACGGUCCCGGACAGCCUCUUUGGUGGCCUGCUGGACGGCGGAGCCACCGGCACGCCUCUGCUGCUUGACCGCAACGUCACGGUGGUGGGCGGCGCGGGGCUGCCUGACAUGCCCAUCCUAAGGCUGCAGGCGACACGCGCCCUGAAACUGGGGCGCAAUGUGUCGCUCACGUUUGAAAACGUCUCGCUGGUCACGCCGAGCAUUGACAACCUGGCUUGGCCGCCGCACCUGCCCCUCCUGCAGCCCUCCGACCCCGGCUCCUCCGCCGCAGUGCUGCUGCGCCGCUGCGUCUUCUUCGCCGACUCCUGCAACACCCCCUCUCCCCAGUCCGGCGCCUCCCGCGCCGCCAGCCUGGACGCCUUGCUGGCGGCAGUGGCCGCAGCCAAGCGGGGCGGGCAGCUGCCGCUGGACGCGCCGGCAGACCUGGACGUGAGCCUCAACCAGCAGCCCGGUUGCGUGGGCGCGUCCACUAGCAGUUGGGAGCAGCCCACCGUGCCCAUCCUGCGGCGCUGCUGGCCGGCAGGUAUCAACCUGUUCAACUACCUGGGGCUGCCGGGUCAGCAGCCGCAGCAGCCGCAGCAGGACGGGGCAGCUGGCUUGCCGGUACAGCCCACGAACUACGCCUUCUAUCUGAGCCGUACGUACGGCAUCUGCCUGCGCCCCCUCAACGGCACGCCCACGCCCGUGGCGGCCAUCGAGGUGGCCGCCAGCGCUGGUGGCAGCAGCAGUAGCAGUGGCAGUAGCAGCGGCAGCGGGACCAGCGGCAUUGGCAGUAGCAAUGCGGCCGGCAUCAUCGUGGGCUGCGUCGUGGGAGGCACGGUGGCCAUUGCGCUGGCUGCCGGGGUGGCGGUGUGGGGGCUGCGCCGGCGGCGGCAGCGCAGCCAGCAGUAUGAGGACGCAUUGGGCGGUGCUGGCAGCAGUAGCGGCGGCUGCGGCGGCUUGUGUGGGAAGCAGCAGCUUUCUGAUGGGUCGCACAUGGAGGAGGGCCUGGCAGGGCCUCGGGCGCCACACGGCGACGGCCCAGGGCUCCAGCACAGCAGGGGCAUGGGGCGACAACCGCAUCCGCUGGGCCCGGCCGUGCCGCCGCACAAGCAGCAGCAGCCGGCGGAGGCCGGCAGCGGUGCGCCGCGUGUGGAGUUCCAACUCCAGCGACUUAAGGGCGGCCCUGACGCGCCGGUCCUAGGCAGCUCGCCCUUCCGACCCGACCUCAACAUACAUCUCAUGUACGUGGCGUCGACGGCGUCCGUGGCCGCCAGCGGCGCCGCCACCCCGGUCACCACCGGUGGCUGCGACAGUCCCUUCCACGGCGAUGACGCAGCAGGCACAGGCGCGGGUGAACCCGCAGGCGCCUGGGCGCCGCAGCACAUGUGGGUGGGCGCCUGUGACCCGCCUGUGUCGCCGGCGACUGCGGCGGCCAGCUCUGGGGAGCGCGGCAUGGCGCCGCAGCCGUCGUCCUGCGCGGAAGGCGGCGCGGCAGCGGGGGCGGCACGGGCGCCGCAGCAUGAGCAGGCGCCACCGCCACCGCCACAACAGCAGCUGCAGCCGCAGGAGCAGCCGCAGGGGCCGGCGCGGCUGCCGGCGUUAAGCAGCAUUCCCUCCAUCACCCGGGUGGUCACCGGCGAGCUCGGGCGGCUGCGGCAGCACCAGGCGCCGGCAGGGGCGGCGGAGGCGGCUGCGGCAGGGGAAGCAGGCGCAGGCGAGGGCUCACCGCAGACACGGGUGCACAGCGUGGGAGAGUGCGUCAGUGCGGCUGAGCACCAGGCGCCAGAAGCUGCAGCAGCAGCAGUAACGGCCUCAGCAGCUGCAGUAGGAGCCUUAGCAGCAGCAGCUGCGGCUGUAGCAGCAGCUACGUUAUCAGUGGCAUCGCGUGUCGGCUCCACCUCCUCUGCGGCCACGGCGGGUGACGUGCUCACGCUCCUGCCGGUGGUGCGCGGCCGCGGCUCAUUUGGCCGGGUGGUUGAGGGGAUGUAUCGCGGCGAGCGCGUGGCUGUGAAGCUGUUGUUGAGUCAGGGGGACGGCGGCGCGUCAGAUGACCCCGCGGCCCUGAUGGACGCGUUCCGACAGGAGGUUGAGGUGCUGGGCCGCUGCUCGCACCCCAACGUGGUCAAGCUGCUGGCGGCGUGCCUGGACCCGCGCCAGCCCUGCCUGGUCAUGGAGCUGUGUGAGACGUCGCUGGAGGCACUCGUAUUCAAACACGAGCCGGGGGCGGCGCCCACCCUGCUGCCGCUGGUGACGGUGCUGACCAUCGCCAUCGACAUCUGCAACGCGCUGUCAUACCUGCACCCCACAAUCAUACACAGAGACCUGAAACCCGCCAACGUGCUCAUCAAUGGGGGCGGCGGCGGAGCCCCUGUGGCCAAGAUCACGGACUUCGGUCUGGCCCGCUUCCGGGCCAUGACCCUGGCGACACAGGACCCGGAGGCCGGGACGGUCGCGUUCAUGGCGCCCGAGUGCUUUGACAUCGACAGCAGCAUCAUCACGCACCGCGCGGACCUGUACUCGCUGGGCGUGCUGCUGUGGGUGCUGGUCAGCGGGGAGCAGCCCUGGACCGGGCACCCGGCCAUGGCGGUCGCCUACCUGGUGUGCGCGCAGGGCACGCGGCUGCCUCUGGCGGGAUUGUCGGAGGACCGCUGCCCGCGAAAGCUACGGCGCAUCCUUGUGGACCUGUGGGAUGCAGACCCGCUGCGGCGGCCCGCGGCUGCGGAGGUGGGCAAGGAGCUCAUGCUGCUGCGGGAACAGCUGCUGCGGCAGGGGGCAGGAUGCGCGGGAAGGGGAGGGGAGGGUGGCCCCCCAGCCAGCGACACACCCAAAUUUUAUUGAAGGGCAGCUGUAUCGCCAGCCAUGCUCACCCAAACCGCCGAGACGGCGAGGCCUGAGGGGCCUGGGCCGUACUAGGAUGGCGGUGCAGUCGCCGGCGGGGAUGUGUUGCUGGAGCCGGCAGUAGCCGUGCCAACCCCCCCUGCAUCGCUACUGCUUGGCCGCGCUGACGUGCGGCAGAGGCGCGCGCGAUGUGAUGUAUGGGGUUGCAGACUUGCAGUCAUCCUGAUUUUCCAUAACACGUUCUUCCCUAGUUGGUUGCCGCCGGGCACGGUUUCUGUUACAAAGACAGCACGCACAUGAGCAAUGUGCGUCCGCCUGUGCAGUGCGUGCGGCCUGAGAUGAAGAAGUAAUAAUUGGAGGAGAGGAAUGACGGUGUCUUGCCAAUGUCCUUUCUAGUGUGCAAGAGGCUGUGUCUCGGCCAGGGGCUCCUGUUGUCCUGCUGCUUUUGUUGCUGCUUCAAACGGGUAGGUGCCGUACGCGCGCCGCAUGCGGCAGGGCUGGGCCUGAUUCGGCGGGCUCUGUGCUACUGGUGCAUUUCAAGUAUAUGUUGGGGAGUGUGUACUUGUUGUUAGUAAAUUUACUUCAUCGAGCAUGCACAACAGCUGGAAGAGCAAGAUCUUUAGCGGUUUGGGGCGUACGACAUAUCUCCAUGUCAGUGCUGUCAGUACUGCAUAUAUCAGUGCAUCGUCACAUCCGUAUUGGGCGUGUGGGUUAUGUAUGCGGGGACGCUGAGUGGGCGGGUUAUGACACAUGUUGCCGCCGCUUCGAGUAGCGACGGAAGCAGACAGCGAGACGGGCGGUUGUGGUGGCAAUUUAGUUAUGCGAUACUCUGGAUACGCCUUACAGGAUGUACGGUAUGGGUGGCGCUUUACGGGAUUCGUCCGUGACUCCAUGUGUGCUUGUGGGAGGGCGAAGGGUUGUUUUCACCAAUCCCCAAUCAGAAACCAGAGACACGAACAUGACAAGACAUGUACAUGACAAGACACGUGUAAAUUCAAAAACGCUGUGAUAAUACUCGUGUAGCGUGUGUGGAGGGGCUAUUCCCGGCCCAAGUUUGGGGUGAGGGCGCGCGUGCGGCACCAAACUGAGCACUGGAGUACAACCGCUGUUGCCACGUAUCAAUAUUUGCUAUUAUCGAUUGAAAAGCAGUAGGCGGCAGGUCCAGCAGGGCGUGGGCGCAGCCCACCUUUCCCUUUUGAGGGGGUCAGGAAAGAGCUACGUACCUUUCUUGUGUGUCGCCACAUCGAUACGAGCAAGCACGUAGCAAGCUGGCGUUUCUACUGGCGUGAAGGCAUCGAACUGGGAUCUGUGCUACCGAAACACGCAAGCAGGUGUGAAACGCUAAGCGCUUGCACCCAGGGUCGCAUCAUUCGCAUGUGCCUAUUGGCCAGGUGUGAGUUUGAGGUACCGUACGUACCGCCGUGUGGAAGGGAGGCUGGGCGUGACUCCUGUCACCCCGUGUGGCGUCUGUGCAGGUCCCAAGGAAGGCUCUUGCGGAUGGAAGUCUUUGAUUUGUCGCGCCGUGCAUUGCUCUGAGUGGGUGGCAGGUAGGCUGACGGAUGCAGGAGGGCGGUUCCCCCCGGGUCUGAGAAGGUGGCUUCACCACUGGCAAAGUUAUUGAUAUGCUUGAA